UGUAGCCCGUACUGUAGCUCAUAGUAUUUACAUCGAGCAAACAUCUGACCUGCAAUCAAAUUACUCCUCGACUUGUUUGGGUUCAAGAAUAAUGCCCCUGCAACUUCUUGAAGGGAUGUCCACCAGGAAGCGGAGACCUAACUGGACAGACCAGGAGUGUCUUCUUCUUGCUCAGUUAAUGCGGGAGAGGAAAGAGAUAAUCAGAGGGAAGUGCACCACUGGUGUUUCAGUACAUGAUAAAAGGCAAGCCUGGGAGGAAAUAGCCCAAUCCAUCAACACUGCCUUUCCACAGAUUCAGCGUACAGUUUCUGACUGUAACAAAAAGUGGGAAAAUCUGCUGGCAAAGUCCAGGGAGGAGAUCAAACGACAGAGAAGACAAGUGGGCAUAGAAGGCCUGUCCGUUGAACAGUUCAGUACUGUGACUCAGGUGGUGCUUUCUGUGAUGAACAUCUCAGACAUGCUGCUACACGAUAGAGAAGAUUCUUCAAUCUCUGCGUUGGUGGACACUCAACAAAACAGCAGUGACGAAGAUGGAAAUGAGCACAGCAUAGAUGAGAAAUUCACAAUCAAACAUCCACUAAGAAAGAUUGAGCUCUCCACAUAUCCGGAUCCAUCCACUUCUCCAGCAGAACAAAAAAUGACUGAUUUUUUUAACGCUCAUCAUGCUGCUGGCCUUGCUGCUUCUGCAGAACACCUACAUACUCCCUGCUCUUCUUCUCCAUCGGCAGUGCACUGCACAACUUUGCAAGAGCGAAUGGAUUUGGAAAUGUCUGUGCUGAGAAGACAAGAGGCAGUCCUCAAGCUGCAAGAGGAAUAUUACACACUGAAAAUUAAGCUUAUGAAAAAGCAAACGGAACAGCCACUUUUAAAUGACUGAAGUAGUUUUAGAGAAUAACCUGUUGUUCCUGCAGGAUAUUAUCAAUUGCAGCUUUGAAUAUAGUCUUAACAUACAAGUCUCGAUAAAAUCAAUAUUACUCAAGAAUAAAGUGGUGUGUUUUUGAGGGGCCUGCUAAGCAUCGUUACUUAGUAGCAAACCCACUACUUGUUUGAGAAUAUUUCAGUUAACUUUAGAAUGUAUGGUCCUUGUGUUAGGGCCAUAUUGCUAAGACGCACACAAUAUUUUUAAAAUAUAACCAUAGUGUGAGGAGAACAUAUGACACAUUCACAAAAGUUCACCCAACCCUGUUUAUUUUAACUGCGGAAUUACAGUUGUAACAUUUUUAAAUUCAUGAAAUCAAAGUUAUUCUUCGUAGGAAGUAUAAACGAGUUUAGUUUAUCUGGCAGGGAAGUCCAACUCGUAUGUAUAGUUUUACACUGGGAGAAAUGUAGUUUAUUUACUGAUUCAUGCCAUUUAGUCCUAAGUGCGAAUUUGGAAGCUGUAAAUGUUUGACAUGUACCAAUAUACAUAUUUAUGAAAACUGAACUCGGUCAUGCCAAUGUAAGUAAAGCUACAAUAAUGUCCUGUCUAGACAAAUGUAGUAAUUUGUGUGUAAUAUUUCUCAUAAAUCCGUUUAUUUGUAAGUGAUGGGAGUUGGCACCCAGAUGUAAGCAGUGAGGCCCAGAGUGUUGAA